AUGGAUCCGGAAGCUUCGUAUGGUGACGAGGGUCUCACAGCGUCUAUAUCUCUGAGGAGACGUUCAGCAUCUUUCUCCGACGAUUACUCGGUACAGCGCACUAAUGAUGAUGCUACCCAGUGCAAAUUUGCUGCUGUUCAGUUGGGUUACUGGAAGGAUGAGCCUGCCCCGAUUUGCGCUACCAGCGGCUGUACCAGCAAUCUAGACGUGAUCCAGAAAUUUCUAUUGCUAUGGCUCGCGUCUCUGCCUGCUAACCAUCUGGUUGAGAGCGUUUCAUUCGAAAAAACGAAGGGACAAUGCCAGAUUAUCAGUCUGGGCUGUGGUUUCGACACGCUUUUCUGGCGAUUGAAAUCCGCUGGGAGGAAAAUGAAGAAGUUUGUCGAUGUUGAUUUUAGCUCGGUGACGGCUAAAAAGAUUCGCCAGAUUCGCAAGCCUGGCUCACCAGAUUUGGUUAGCCUCUUCAAUGAACCACCCAAAGAAACACAACACACGGACUUGCAUUGCGGUGAUUAUCAUCUGGUUGGCGCGGAUAUUCGUCAGUGGGCUGAGUUCAAAGCCAAGCUGGAUUCCGUCGGUAUUGAUACCACCCUUCCUACAUUCUUCUUAGCAGAGUGA